CGUAAAAUAAAAUCAACUUUUUGAAAUCAAUCCUUCCUUUGUUCGUUCUCUUUCUCUAUUUGUUCUCUCUUUCACCGUGUUUGUCUAAAACCUCUCGCUGAGCUGUGCAAAGCCGUAAUUCACUAGCUCAGAAAGAUCUGCGACUCUCUCUCUGUGCCCGCGCGCGCGCGUGAGUGGUGAAUCUCUUUUCGUAAGCGUCAUCGUCAGCUUAGGGAAAGAGCAUAAGCUGAAGACUUAGAACUGUUUCUUGGUCUGCUGCAGAAUCAGAAGUGGUGAUGGCAAGUCGACUGAAGGAAGAUGAGAAAAAUGAACGAAUAAUUCGAGGUCUUCUCAAACUUACACCGAAUAAAAGAUGUAUUAACUGUAACAGCCUGGGAACACAAUAUGUUUGCACAAAUUUCUGGACAUUUGUUUGCACAAACUGUAGUGGAAUACACCGGGAAUUCACACAUCGGGUUAAAUCAAUUUCAAUGGCUAAAUUUACUGCACAAGAAGUUAGUGCACUUCAAGAACGAGGAAAUCAGCAUGCCAAAGAAAUUUAUUUUAAAGAAUGGGAUCCACAACGUCAUUCUUUACCUGAUAGCAGUAAUGUUGACAGGCUUCGGGACUUUAUUAAGCAUGUUUAUGUGGAUAGAAGAUUCACUGGUGAGAAGACCUUUGACAAACCUCCAAGAGUACAGGUGGGUGACAAGGAUGAUUUCUAUGAAAACAAGAGGACUGAGACAUAUCAGGGAGGACCUAAAAGCCCUCCGUAUGACGACGCAUAUCAACGUCGUUACAGUGACAGGUCUAGUCCUGGUGAAAAAAGCCCUGGAUAUGAUCAAGAAAAUAGGCAAUAUGGUGAAUACAAGAGGAGCCCUGGUCGUCCUCCAAUAAUCAAUGAUUGGCGUCGUGAAGAUAGAUUUGUGGAUGGAAGGAAAUAUGAAGAUCGUAGAAUAUCUGAUGGAGUUAAUAAGGUGGAAAGCCAAUCUCCUGAGCGAGCCAAAGAUCUUGAUUCUUCAAGCUUACCUGUGGUCCGACCUGUUAGAGAUAUUUUGGGAGAAAAUGUUGUACCACUUCGAAUCAGUGAACCCCCCAAAACAAACAGUGGAAGGGCUGCUGAUGGGUCAGCAAUCACACAGAGAACUACAUCUUCCAGUAGCUUGGCAUCCAGCAAUGGAACCCCAGCAGAAGUUAAGCUUGAGACUACUAAGAGCCUUAUUGAUUUUGAUGAUGAUCCUGAACCACCUGUUGCACCUGCAAUUCCUCAAGCCCAACAAACUACUGUGGCUCAACUUGUUGUGAUGCCAGCAAAUUCCGGUGAUAAUAAUUGGGCCUCUUUUGAUGUUGCUCUUGAUGCAAAAACAUCUCAGGGUCCUUUAAAUGUAAAUCCACUAGAAUCUGUGUUGUCCCAAUUGUUAGUACCAGAACCUUUACCUGCUCAUGUUUCUGGAGCCCAAGGGCCUGUGACAGGAUCAGCUUUUACUGCUACUGCUGCUGGAGCUCCAACUAUUAGCAGCUUCUCAACAUUCCCAGCCAGUGAUGCUUCAGUAACAUCUUCUGGAUUAACAAUGGCUUCACCUCUCAGUAAUGCAGGACAGUGGACCAGUUUGCAGUAUCAGCAACCUUUGUUCACGGCUACUGUUAGUCAGCCUACUAUUCAACAAUCUACACGUCCAGUAGGUGGAGCUUCGAAUAAUCAGCCCUGGAAUAUAACUUCUGUACCCGCGGUACAGGGGCAUCCAAGCACACAAAUGCCACAUGCAUCCCACCAUGUUGCAACACCUGCCAAUGAGGCUAAAUACAGUGUUGUUUCACAACCUUCUAGUGUAGACAUGAAUUCGAGUGGAAGAAAUGAACUUCCUGAGGAUCUAUUCACUGUAAAAUUUUCAUCCUUCCCUGCUCCAGGUUGGCAAAUGAGACAACCACCUGGCAUGGGUAUCUCAAUUCAAUAUAAUAAUGUGGCGCCCAUGCCAAAUUUUCCGCAACCAUCACAAUCAACUAAUCCAUUUGAUGUCAGCAAUGAACCAAUUCCAGUUCAAGCCCCAACUUUUCCUUCCAUGUCAUCUUUGCAAGGUGCUCUGCCUAGGUUAACACCUUCAGCCACAAUGCAUCCUUCAAACAUGGCUAAUCUAUCUCUUGCCUGGAAUCCAUCCUCAUCAUCAUCAUAUGUACCUGUUCUGCCUCCACAAGCACAAACUCUUGCAUCAGCAAUGGGACCAGGGGCAUACAUGGGGCUGCAAAUGCCAACUAACAUGCCCAUGCCAAGGCAUCAAGGAAUCGGGGAUUUUGGUACUGAGGGAGCUGCUUUUGGCUUCUCAAAUCCAGAUCAGCAGCUGACUGGUAAAUUGUCAACCCGUGUCACCCCAAACCCCUUCCCCGCAGGAGGGAACCCAUUCGGAUGAUGAAGAUUUUGUCUACUCGUACUCUUUUAAGUAUAGCAUCAACUUGUUGCACCCUGUACAAAUAUGGUUGAAGCUGCUUCUAUCGUCUGUUAUCCAAGCGAAAUACUCGAGUAUAUAUUGAGAAAUUUAUGGUCGGUCAACCAUAGGUUCGAAAUCAAAUAUUUGUACUUUCCCUUGUAAAUUGUUUAUUGCUGUAGGAAAGAUGAACGCAAAAUCCGCCUUCCAACGGGAGGGGAUCUUUGGAGGACUGAGAUAAUGUGAUGAUGAUUAUGAACGGGGUGCAUAGAGCCAGCCACGUGUUCAUUUGCAAUUGUAUGGUCGAUUGGGUAAAGAUGUUUUUUUUUUUUUUGGUGCCGCUAGUUGUAUUAUUAUUUUUUCGAUUUUUCUAUAUUGUAUAUUUGUAUUGUUUUGUAAUCACAUAAUUUUGGUAAGGGCUUUAUUCGUGGAA